UUUGUAGAUGUAGUAAAGAUCCUACUGACCUGAGUGGAGGUAGAAAAAACAGAAGCAAGCGAGUUGAAAUUGGUGAUCUAAUGAACUAGAAAAUCUAAAAGCAUGAAAGUUUGCAAAGGGAUGAGGAAAUUCUUAAAGGACAGCUAUGCCAGCACUUACGCAGCAAACAACGUGAAGAGGGCAUUCGACAAGCUGAUGAAGGUUCUUUUUUCCCCGGAGCAAGAGCGAAAGCUUGUGAUUGAACAGGCUGGCAAAAAAGACCAUCAAGCUAAUCCAUUGAAGCUCUCCCUUGUAACGCCAUUCAACACUCCUCUUCAGAUAAGAACGACAGCCACCUUGUUUGAGUUUCCGCAAUAUUUUGACUUAUACAAGUUUGAAUUCACUCAACAGUCAAGCGCCAAGCAGGCUGUAAAAACGAAGAUGUCAAGCUGUGGUGGAAGUCUGGCAUUGGGAGGCAGUGACUCUGGUUGCUACAUUCCGCUAGUGGAGCAUACCCAUAUGUGGAAGAGAAGCCUGCGUGACUAUCCGACAGUAGAGAAAAGCCGACAUCACAAGUUUCCUUGACAGAAUGCUUCAGACCCACGUGAAUCCGGCUGGGCCAGAGUCCCUUGUAAAUCUGGAGGGUUCGAUUUCAUAACAUGCUAAUCUAUGGCUAUCUCCACUGGAACUGAUUUUACAAGGAUUUACCACGUUAGUACACGAGUUUGUAGUCAAAUAAAGAUCGCAGAGGGGGCUAGCGGAGAAUCAUGAGUUCGGUUUGUCGUCGACCUUGCGAUCCAGAGCCACUCAUCGAAAGGUUCACCAGAAAUUAUUGAUUAUUGUUGAAAUUUACAAGAAAAAACCCAUGUUACAUUAUAGAAAAAGGCGAGUCUUCCAUACAAGCAAACGCAAUAAAUGAGAUCAAGCAGUUGACCACCGAUUUACAAUCUAAAGCAUACUGGUGGCUUUAGCCAUGUCUGCUGAAAUUUGUACUCGAACAGAACUGUUGUUGAAUA